AUGGAGAGCAGGAGCAUGAGAGAGCAGCAGCAGCAGCGGCCAUGGAGCUGCAGCUUCGGCAUGGCGGCGGGCUUGAUCUCAUGGCCGCCGCAGAGGUCGUCGUCGUCCUACACCUGCGGCUACUGCAGGAGGGAGUUCAGGUCGGCGCAGGCGCUGGGAGGCCACAUGAACGUGCACAGGAGGGAGAGGGCCAGGCUCAGGCAGUGCCCCAACCCUACGCCACCACCUCAUCCUCCUCCUCCUCCCCGCUUGCCUAACCUCAACUUCUCGCCGCCGCCGCCGCCGCACCAGCAGCGCUACUUCCCCGGCGAUCGUCCGCCCGUCGUGUACAGCUUCUUCUCCACCACCACCACGACGGCGACGAAGGGUUUGGAGGUGGAGCUGGAGCUUGGGGUCGGAGUGUGCAGCGAUGGUGGUGGCAUGGAGGAAGGCCUGGAUCUUGAGCUUAGGCUUGGCUGUUCCUAA